AUGCCAUCUAGCAUUCUCGCCCUCGAGUCCUCUUAUAAUGCAACAUACACUGGCACUAUGCCAGUCGGCGUUACACUUACCCAAGGUGGAGGAGUUUCAGAAACAGCGACAUCCGAGGUUGGAGCUACUACCUCGACUGGCAGCAGAGAUGCUAGUUCUUCUGGUGCGAAUCUCGACAGUAGUUCUAGGAGGACAACUUCCGCAUUAUCGACAAGUACAUUUACGCUCAAUGGCGGUGGAGGUGUAACUACCCCGACAGCUCAAGCAAGUACAUCCCAGAACUUGGUAGCCACGCAAACAGGGAGUACAGGAGUUGCCACAGGAUUGAGGGGCCGCGUUGAUAUGGUUUUUGGCUUGGUAAUAUUUGGGUUCUCAAUAUUUGUGCUUCAUGUCUGA